GCAAAUCCAACCUCCAUUUCUCUUACCUUACAUAUCUCUGCACACAUUGCUCUUGCUUCCAAAGUCUUUUAACAAAAAAAAUCCCACAAAUGGCUGCUGUUGCCUCUCCAAUGGCUAGCCAACUAAAGAGUAGCUUCACUUCUUCAGUCACAAGAGGACUAGUCACACCAAAGGGUAUUUCUGGAGCUCCAUUUAGACUUGCACCCUCCAAGAGAGCCCCUCGUUUCACUGUCAAAGCUGUCCAGGCUGAUAAGCCGACUUUCCAAGUUUUUCAGCCAAUUAAUGGUGACCCUUUCAUUGGAAGUCUUGAGACUCCAGUCACAUCAAGUCCAUUGAUUGCAUGGUACCUUUCCAACCUCCCAGCUUACCGGACGGCAGUCAGCCCACUUCUGAGAGGAAUAGAGGUGGGGUUGGCCCAUGGGUUCCUUCUUGUAGGCCCAUUUGUUAAGGCAGGCCCAUUGAGAAACACAGAAUAUGCAGGAGCAGCAGGAUCUUUGGCAGCAGGUGGACUAGUUGUGAUCCUGAGCAUUUGCCUGACAAUGUAUGGAAUUUCUUCUUUUAACGAAGGAGAGCCCUCAAUUGCCCCAGGUCUAACCUUGACAGGAAGGAAGAAGGAGCCUGACCAGUUGCAAACUGCUGAUGGUUGGGCCAAGUUCACUGGAGGGUUCUUUUUUGGUGGAAUAUCUGGUGUCAUUUGGGCAUAUUUUCUUCUAUAUGUCCUUAACCUUCCUUACUUCGUAAAGUAGAGAAAAGAAGAUGGCAGUCUUCUGGUUUUUUAAACUAUCUUCCUGUUAUUCAUUGUACAUCUACCAGUUUGGAAUGCUUGUUGCUAAAUGAAAGUCAUAUAUUUGUCUCUUAAUGAACAUGCUUGAACUAUUGAUUGUGUU